AUGUAUUUCCAACGAGCAACUAAUUCUGUGUAAAGAAACGUUCCUUCAGUAUAAACAUAAAUCGCCAUCAGCAAUCAAUAAUUUCUGUCUCCUGUUGGCAAGCAUUCUUCAGCUUAAAGUUAAGGGAAGUCUAUAUAGGAGACUCCUAAUGGGAAUUUCGUUAAGGAACAACUUGAUUCAUUAUUUAUCAAUCUGAAGAAGGAAAAUUAAGUUCUAAAAGAGAAACUAUCCUUGAUUAGCUCAUAAGUUGAGGAUGCAGAGCAAAAAUUAUAACUAUAUAAAAAAGUCUGA